AGAAACAAUGGAGCGCUCACAACAAGAGCCGUCAAAGAAAUUGAAACCCGCAAAACCGAAGAAUCAUAAGGAAAAGGAAGUUCCAGUUAAAAAAGAUGACUACAAGUACAAUGAAUCGAACAAAUUGCCUCUCUAUGGAGUAAUUAUCCGAUGGGAUAAGAAAGUGAAAUAUACCAACAAGGACUUGUUGAAUAAGUUCGAGAGCAAACUGAUUCCGUUCAGAUCCCUUUCGAAGGAAGCUGACAACGAUAUUGCCGUGAAAUCAUUGCCUCGAAAACCGCUGCCGUACAUUCAACGUGUUUACCCGAGCAAAGCCAUCGUAAUGUUCAGCAACGGGGAGUCAGCCAAUAAGUUCGUUGACCUACACCAAGAGGACAGCGGUGGAUUUCGAGUUUACAUUCCUAUGAGUUUCGUUUCCACCCUUGGGGUGGCUCGUUUCGGAAAGUUCAACUCCAAGUUUUCCGAGCUCCAGGAGUGUUUUUCCGAAGACUACAAAGUGCUCCAGUGGCGCAAACGACGCCUAAACGAUGGCAAAACAGAAGUCACGAUCGCCAUUCAGGGGUCGGAGCUUCCCGAUUCGAUGAAUUUCAAGGGAGAGACUAUUCCGUUCGAACUGUACAAACGUAAACCGUCUUAUUGCGUUCGUUGCCUCCGGUACGGCCAUCGGACAAACGACUGUAUGAGUAAACCGCGUUGCGGCGUGUGCCUACCGGUGAAACCGAAAUUGACUCACCGGGAAUCCAAAUGUGGCAAAAUCAAACGCAAUCCGAAAAUCGAACGGUGUCUGUUCUGCGGCCAAGGGCAUAGCAUCGGAACCGAGGGCUGCAUCGAGCACGUCCAGCAAUCUGAGUUCAAAAUGAACCUGGUGCGACACAAGAUGGACUAUCUGUCCGUGCUGGAGAAGGAUAUACUGCCGGCGAUCCGAACCACGGCGGUCAAUUCAAACCGAAUCUGGCUGGAUUGAUGGGAACUUCCUCUGCGACUUCGGUAUCUGAUUGGGACAGACUUCAUGACAAGUUAUUGGACUGCUUUAAUUGAUCAGUAGGUACAAAACAACCGGACAACAAAAAAAGAUUAUAAAAAUGUUGUUUGUUGAAAUAAUCGAGACUAUUAUAAGUAUGAACUGCAAUUAACUAGAGCCUUUUUAUGCAUUUAAUGAAAUUUCUUUUAAUUAUAACAUUUUAAAUGUAAAAAUAUACUGAGAAUCAUCAUCAUU